CCACCUGUCCCUGUCUGUUCCAUCCGCCCUCCCACACCCCAUCCUGUCUGCAGGGCUACGCAGAGGCUGUGGGCCCCACUGCAGAGGGAGGGCCACUGCUCCCGUCUCCAUGACAACCAGGGCCUUGGAGGAGCUGGAUGGGGGCCUGGGCAGCUGCCUGGCCAGCGAGGACCUCUCUGCACUGGCACAGCCCUGCCCAGGGCAGCUACAGGAGGACAAGGCCCAAGUGACACCCAGGCUGAGUAGCUGGCCCCAGGGCUCUCAGGAGCCCCUGGCAGCUGGUGGUGUGGACGCCAGGCCCAAAAAGAUGGAGAAGGAGCCUGUGACCAGGCCGACCCUAAGCCCGGGAAAGGAGAAGUUGAAAUCUGGAGCGACUCCCCGGAGCGCCCCGGCCCGCAAGAAGGCGCAGGCCGCGCCCCCCACUCAGCCGCCCCCACCGCCCCCAGCCCUGAGCGAGGAUCUGCCCUGGGGGGACGUGACGCUCAACAAGUGCCUCGUCCUGGCCUCGCUGGUGGCACUGCUGGGCUCUGCCUUCCAGCUGUGUCGCGACGCUGUGACUGGGGAGGAAGCUGCCCCUGCCCCUUGGGUCCCACCGAUCUCACCCCAGAAAGACCGGGUGUCGCCCAUGCCUAAACCUGCGGCCUGGACGCCCCCAUCGAAACCACCCGUGUCCCAGGUGGAGCCACCUGCACCUCCGGUGGCGGCAGGAGACAAGCCCGAGGUUCCCAGGAGCCCGGAGGCAGCAGAGAAGGUGCAGAGAGAGCCUGAAGAGGCCACCGGAGAGGCUCCUGGGGAAGAGCGCGCAAGCCUCGCCGAGCAAAGACCCAAAGAGAAGCCCAGGAAGGAGAAGCCGUGGAGGGAGAGGCCGCGGAAAGCAGAGAAGCCAUGGAAAGAGAAACCGCGCAAAGAGGAAAGGCCGCGGAAGGACAGGCCACGGAGGGAGAAGCCUCAGGCUGCCAGGGAGCUCCGCGAAGCUCUGCCCCGACGCUGGGAGACGCGCAGAGGCCACCGGCUGUGGGCACGGAACUCCAGGGACCCGGUGCACCGGAAAGGGCAGGCCUGGGCCUCACCGCGGCGCCCUGAAGAGGACAGGCCCCGAGGGGGACAGAAGCACCGUCAAGGCAGAGGGCGGGACUGAGCGACCGGCGCUGUUCGCGAAUCCCGGACCCCAGCUCCAGCAAAAUAAAGUGAGUGCUGUCUCUGGCUC